GGGCUUUAUGGAGGAGAACACACCCAGUAAUACUAUGGAUAAAUGUGUAUUGGUCAUUCAUUGUUGAACGAGUGUAAGUCAGAGUUGAGUAAUGUCUGUAAGAAUGUGGCUCAUCAGGUUUUCAUCGUCUCCCCUGACUGGUUUGACACAUCGGAGCAGAAGAAACUCUGCUGUGGAAAUGCUGUGAGAGUUUCCCACAGAGACCGAGGACUCACGGAGGAGGUUGGUAUCAUCCCGUGGGUUUGCUCGGCGGUUUGAGUUCACUGCGCGUUCGAUUCCCGGCAGCUUGUCUGAGCCGUGAACAAGGAAACCUGGGAGGAAAUGGCGGUGAAUCUGAGUAAGAACGGUCCUGAGCUCCUGGUCGCUUACAAGGAAGUGGUGAACAGCAAGUCGAAUACGAACUGGGUGCUGUUUACUUAUGAAGGGAACAGUAAUGACAUUCGUCUGGCAGACAAGGGAGAUGGUGGACUGGAGGAGAUGGUGGAGGAGCUGAACAGUGGGAAGGUGAUGUACGCUUUCUGUCGUGUCCAGGACCCAAACUCUGGUCUGCCCAAAUAUGUCCUCAUAAACUGGACAGGUGAAGGUGUGAAGGACUCUCGGAAAGGUUUAUGUGCAAACCACGUGAGCUCGAUGGCCAACUUCCUGAAGGGAGCCCACGUGACGAUAAACGCUCGGGCGGAGGAAGACGUGGAACCAGAUGCCAUCCUGGAGAAGGUGGCCAGAGCGUCUGGAGCCAACUUUAAUUUCCACAAAGAGUCAGAAAAGUACAGAGACGCACCCAGAGGACCUGUGGGUUCGGUGUAUCGGAAAGUCAACGCUGUGGAGGAAAUUCAACAAACCAAGAGGGACGACUUCUGGGACCGAACUCAGGUUUCUCUUCACACUAAUCCUACAGCAGCACAUCUCCUGUGGCUUCAUGUGACACCACAAACACUCUGUCCUUCAGAGGGACGAGGAAGUUCGCCGACGGGAGGAGAGCAAACGGGCGGAGCGGGAGAGGCAGGCAGCUCUUUGUGCUGGUGGCCUUUCAGGACGUCCCAGAGGCAGAGGGAGGAGGACGAGGACAGAGACAGGGAGCAGCGGGGACAGCAGGAAAACAAGAGCAGGAAGACGGGAAUCAACUUCGCUGCGUCGGUGCAGAAAGCUAACGAGGCCAAAUCCCUGAUUUCCCAGAGACCUUUUAAUCCUAGAGACGUCUUCAAGCAGAGAGAGCAGAGCUUUGAGGCCAACAACAGACAGUUUCCUGCUGCGUCCCGACCUGGGAAGCUGCAGAGUCCAUUUCUGUCUCAGAAGUCGUUUGAAAGGAAAACCGCAGAGCAGCCUCAGCUUCCUCCAGCCUCACCUGUCUCACCUGUGCUGUCUUACUCACCGGCUGCAGCUGUCUCCCCAACGCCCCCUGAGACAAUCGGCUCACCUGUUCAAGCUGCAGACUCGGUUCACACCGAGGAGGAGGAGGAGGAGGAAUGGUCGGAUGAGUUUGAUGACGACGCAGAUGAAGUGGCUGCAGGAAAAAGUCCAGCUCAGGAUGAUCUGUACGAGGCCCCACCAGCGCUCAGGACGGAGGAGGACCUGUACGAAAAUGUCUACCAGGACAUGUUCACCGCUGAAGACCACAAUACAGAACGCAACGGACAGAACAUCUGUGCCAGAGCUCUGUAUGACUACCAGGCUGCGGACGACACUGAGAUCACCUUUGACCCUGAUGACAUCAUAACGGGGAUAGAGAUGGUGGAUGAGGGCUGGUGGAGAGGAUACGGACCAGAUGGACAUUAUGGGAUGUUCCCCGCCAACUAUGUCGAGCUCCUUUAGCUUUCAUCCCUCAGUUCUGAGAUGAGACAGACAGGAAGUGUUUUUGACAUCUCUGCAUGAAGGGACAGUUUAAGUCCAGCUGUGCAGACUGUCUCCACGCCUCACUUUCUGAAAUGCAUUAUUCCAUGACAACAAAGCCCAUUUUUCUGUGAUAACGUGUGAAUUUAUCCUGUCAUCUCAAGAAAACAAAAGGCCGGAUGCUUCAAGAUAACAUAGUAAUGUGAAAAAUGUGGACACGCCCACACCACAAUGUUUUCUUUAAAACAUUUUGUUUCUCUCUCUCUGGAAGUUAAAAAGAUACUUAAGAAGCUCUGCAUCCAUGGUUCUGCUAGUCCUGUUAGUUAAAUAUCCUAAUAAUGUAGUACCAACAUGUAAAUGAUGUAUUAAAUAAAUAACUAACGGAGACUUCGAUUCAUAUGGCUUUGAAA